UGUCCCAUCCACACCCCGCCAGUGCAGGUGUGGGUGUGGGCUGGGGCUCCCAGCAGCCAGAGGCCCCGAGAAGCCAGAAGCGAGAAGCGAGAAGCGAAGCAAGAGAAGCACUGGAGUCUGUAGCCUCCUGCUGAGAUCCCCAAGUGGCCCCUGCUGCACAGCACCGCGGACCUCUGAUGCCCUGAGAUGCCCACACCCAACACCUCCGCACCCCUGCCAGCGUUAUGGAGCAACGGCUCUGCGGGCAGCGUGCUGAGCGUGGAUGACGCCGCCAUGCCUGUGGAAUUCCUCGUCCUGAGGGUUGGGGUUGCCCUGACCUAUGGGCUCGUGGGGGCCGUGGGCUUGCUGGGGAAUUUGGCUGUGCUGUGGGUGCUGGGUAACUGCACUCGGCGAGCCCCCGGUCCACCGUCUGACACUUUUGUCUUCAACCUGGCUCUGGCAGACCUGGGGCUGGCACUCACGCUCCCGUUCUGGGCAGUCGAGUCAGCACUGGACUUCCGCUGGCCCUUUGGCAGUGCCCUCUGCAAGACGGUCCUGACGGCCACUGUCCUCAACAUCUAUGCCAGCAUCUUCCUCAUCACGGCGCUGAGUGUCGCCCGGUACUGGGUGGUGACCAUGGCCGCAGGGCCAGGCACCCACCUCUCGCUCUUCUGGGCCCGUGUGGCCACGCUGGUAGUGUGGGUGGCAGCCGCCCUGGUGACGGUGCCCACGGCCAUCUUUGGGGCCGAGGGGGAGCUGUGGGGUGCACGCCUGUGCCUGCUGCGCUUCCCCAGCAGGUACUGGCUGGGGGCCUACCAGCUGCAGAGGGUGGUCCUGGCCUUCGUGGUGCCCCUGGGCAUCACCACCACCAGCUAUCUGCUGCUGCUGGCCUUCCUGCGCCGGCGGCAACGGCGCCGGCAAGACAGCAGGGCCGUGGCCCGCUCUGUCCGCAUCCUGGUGGCCUCCUUCUUCCUCUGCUGGUUCCCCAACCAUGUGGUCACUUUCUGGGGUGUCCUGGUGAAGUUUGACCUGGUGCCCUGGGACAGCACUUUCUACACCAUUCACACCUACGUCUUCCCAGUCACCACCUGCCUGGCACACAGCAACAGCUGCCUGAACCCAGUGCUGUACUGUCUCCUGCGGCGGGAGUCCCGGCGGGCCCUGGCGCACACCUUCCGAGACCUACGCGCGUGGCUGUGGCCCCGGGGCUGGGCGGAGCAGGUGGCCAUGAAGGAGGUGGGCAGGCUGCGGGCGCAGAGCGCUAGCUAGGACAGCGGCCC